AUGAAGAACAUGAAGACCUUUUUUGCGAUCGCCCUCCUCCUUCUUGUGGUUUUCCAAUUGACAGACGCAUGCUUCCAACAAGACAAUGCUAGGAAGGCCGCAGCGUUGAAUAAAAAAUUCAAGGGCAUCAAAUUGACUGACAAAUGUGUUGACGGUACCUUUGGUUGUAUCGGUGGCAAGUUUGUUAAAUGUGCCUUCAAAAAAUGGGUUUCUUUCGACUGCCCACCGACGGAAACAUGCAGUUUCCUUCCUCUUGUUAACAAGCCUGGAACCACGUGUACUUGCGAUACUCCGGCUGAUAUUGCAUCACGCUUUAAGCUUGCCAGGGAAUGCCGAGGAAAGACUGGUUAA